AUGAGCGAAGACAAUACUGCGACAGUGAUCCCAACCAGCAAGCCCAUUCCUGACGGGGUUACCGAGUCUCUUCCGCCGUGGACACUUCAGGCUGAAGCAUGGUGGAUCCUUCCGACGAUACCUUUGCCCUGGCACGCAAAGGAACUACCCAGAGGGGCACUGGACACUGGAGAGAUUGAUAAAUUUCAGGAAUUACAAGCUACUUUCCAAGGAGGCUUGGGUACAAUUCAGUUGAUUCGGUACCAUUCAUCGCCCGUAGGUCCAUACGACGAGCUACUUUACGUGCCUGGCCAAAUGAAUUACAAAAUUGGAGGCCGUCGUAACUGGAACAUUCCCAAACACCUUGCGAGAUUCGAAUUUACACCCGAAACUCCCUCUGACCCUCUCUCGCCAACUGUCAUAUCCGUCUAUCCAUCCUUAUCCGACUCACCUACUCCAGAUUUCAGCCCCGAUCCAAUAUUCCGGACACGCGUCGUCCCAUCACGAUACUUGCCUAAGUUCCCCUUGAAUCUAUCACGUAUUCCUCGUGCAAUACUUGAUGCACGUCUGAUUCAACCUCCGCUGACCGAUCCAGUCGGGACUGAGAAAUGGUGUAUGGUCAAUCCUGGUUACGCUGGUCAAGCACAAGUCAUGUAUCCUGAACCAGGUUGGAGAGAGGGCGCUACGGCGAUGGGAUCGGGUUUCCGGAUUUACAACCAAUGA